AUGUGGUCAGUCGUGUCCUCUUCUGCAGCUCUUCCCCCUCCUGCUCCAAAAUGGCGCCAAUAUGAGCGGCUCCUGAGCGCCCACAGGGGCCCGAGCGUGUAUGGGCGAGCAGCGCCACCUACAGGCCGUACAGGCUCUGCAGGCGGUGGUUUGAGUGAACCAUGGAUUACAGUCUGUUCUGAACCCGCUCUGACACCGUCACAGUGGGCCGCUCUCUGGGCUGAUGACACCAACACAGAGAACACAGAGUCAGUCUAUGAAAUGGAAAAUAUCAGAAACGACUCUAUCUUGAGUAGAUUUACGGGCCCAGGGGCGCUCCAACACCGCUCUUGCGAAAUUCGCUCCUGUUUCCAAUCCCGUAAUCAGCUGGAGCCCAUGUGCCCAUGUCCCCUGGUCCCGAUAAACGGGGACGGGGCAGACUGGUUCUGGUCCCAUGGCUCCAGGAUGGAGGGCUUCUUUACUUCCCCGCCCAUGGGCUACUGUGGGCUCCCGGGGCCCAAGAGAGAGGCUCGCCUCAUCGUCCCGCACGGCCUGAACUACCUGGAGCUCUGCAAGGCACUCCUGUCCCAGGCCAGUCCCUCUGUCCCACUGAACAAGAAAACCAGCACCAAGGAUUGUGGCGUGCAGGUGAACGCCAGAGUGCACAAACUCAUCCAGUGUUCUCUGGGCCCCAAGACGCUGUUCUCUGGGGACGCAGAGGGCCCCAAGUCCCUCAAACCCAGGAGCCCAGAUGUGUUCCUUGAUGACGGGACUCCCCCUGUCGGCCACCUGCGGUUCCUGAGGCCCAUGUCCAUCUACUCCCCGUUGUUUGACCGAAGGCUGCUCCUCAGGAAGCUCAGUGCGGGAGACGAGGGCGAGAGGGAGGACCCGGAGGACCCGGAGGACUCCGAGGACAGUGAGCUGAGCGUGGAUGAGGCUGUGAGUGACCUGGACACGAGCCUUCGCCUGGCUCCAAAACGCUCCAGUUUACAGUUUCUGGAGCAGAGAUAUGGCUUCUUCCACUGUAAAAAGUGCAAUGUCCGAUGGGAGAGUGCUUAUGUGUGGUGCAUCUCUGGAACCAGUAAGGUUUAUUACAAGCAGCUCUGUCGCAAAUGCCAGGUGGGCUUCAACCCUUAUAGAGUGGAGUCCAUCCUCUGCAAGGGAUGUGCGCAGACCUCGUGCGCGUGCGAGAGGAGACGGAGACACAUCAACGUGAAGAAGCCUCAUCGCCAGGACCUGUGCUGUCGCUGCAGAGGCAUGAAGCUCUCCUGCGACGCCACCUACAGCUUCAAAUAUAUAGUCUAA